UCUGUUUUCAUAAAAGGCCAACAACAUGCGUGGAUGUGGGGUGUGGUUAGUUUCUAUAAUAAUAAAAGUCGGAUGGUAAAAACGAAAGUGUUGCUGAACCAUGGCGUCCGUCGGUCAGUCUGACGAGGAAGACUACUCUGAGAGUGAAUCUGAUGUCAGUGAAGAGUCAGACAGUGAGGAUUUUUCUGAUUUAGAAGCCGGCUGUCAGGUUUAUGCAAAGGAGCCCUGCAAGUAUUACAACGGUGGUGGCUGCAGAGAUGGAAGCAGCUGCUCUUACCUGCACAUCUGCAAAUAUUAUCUGAAUGGAAACUGUCACUAUGGGUCCAGCUGUAAACUUAAUCACAAUAAAAAUGGAGGAAGACGGUCUUCUGGUGCAAGCAGCCGGGCUUCGGAUCAGUCCACAUCCAGCAGCCCAAAACUCACUGAUGGUCGAUACUUUCAGUGGCAGUUAAAUGAUGGAAGCGGCUGGACGGAUAUUGAUAAUGAUCACGUUCUGGAGGCUCAGUACUCGCUGCCCCACACCAAGAGCAUCAAAAUCUACAACACACCAUACGGGGCAGUGAGUGUGGAUUUUAAAAGAAUGAGGGUGCAAGGGAAGAGGCUGAAAGUGAGACGUUUGGAUGACGGUAACACUGUGUGGCUCUGGUACUGCACCUUACGGCGGAAGUGGAUGAAGUAUGGAGCCAAGGAUUCAAAGGGAAACCCCGGUCCUGUGAACUGCUCUGACAUAGAGAAGAAGUUCCAGAGUAAUCCGACGAGCUCUUUUACAUUCAGCAUUGGUGCUCAAACCUAUGAAAUUAGAUUCAGAGAAAUGCGACAGGUGGGCAAAAAGAAGAGGAAAGUAACACGCCGACCUGAAUACCGACAACAACAACAACAACAACAACAACAACAAGCAGCGGCAGGUGUUUUUCAAGCAGCUUCAGUCCUCCAGAAUAUGGCUGUGGGCUCCAAACCUGUGUGGCAGUUUGAGGGAGACAGUGGAAGAUGGCACGAGUUCAAAGACAGACACGGCAAUGAAUGCACGGUAACCAGCGACGACAUGGAGAGAAAAUACCAGCAAAACCCUCGAGACAGCAUGAUCUUCAAAGUGAAGGGACACUCCUACAAGCUGGACUUUGGAGCAAUGAUCCAGACCAACCUGAAGACCCAGCGUACACGGAGGAUCAGACGUGUGCUGGUGUGAGCACUCAAGAGGAUUUCCCCACUUAAAGAGCACUGCGCAAUGCUUCACUUCAUGCAAUAGUAUUUCUAAUCUAUGAUGUAAUUAUUUUGGCCGUUUGGAGCAUUCUUUAUUUGCUCAUUAAGGGAAAAGUGCUGUUGUGUUUAUAUUCGGGAGGAAUUCAGGGUAAAAUUCACUGAAGCCUUUAAAUGCUGCCUGGCAAUCUUAUACUCAGGUGAUGUACUGUACUAAGGCGGUUUUUGCAAAGGUUUUGUUUCAGUACCUUCUAGUAACUGGAAUCACUGUGGUUUUUACUUUAUUUGCCUGACAUGAUGUUCUUCACACUGCCAUAGAGGAGAGGUGCAAUUAUUUUUGGUGCAAAAUGUGAGAAAACACAUGAACUACAAGGCAAACACUCCCGAAAUUAUAAGACAUGAUGUUUGAUGUUACAGUCAAGCAGCAGCGUAUCUGCACACUGAGAAUAGGAUAGUUCUGACUGAAGGCUGGUUUAUUUUUUACAUACUUCACAUGUGCAAACUGUAAGCCUUCAUGGUUACAUUUUGGUUUAGGGUUUGUUCAGCUUGAUAAUGAUGCAUUCUGCUUUUAUCCAAUGUUUCAGCAACACCUCCACAGAGCUGGAAAUCAUGGCCUGCUGUAUUUAAUACUGUUUCAUGGGAAUAAAAUAUAUAUAUAUAUUGAAAAUUAAAAAUAUAUCCACUGUGUGUUGUGUUGUUUUUGUGGAGACAAUCGGACAUCAGUGUUUGGAAAAUCCUGUUAAUCUAAUUGUUUUUCUUUCAUACUGGUGGGUAAAAGGGAUUGUACCUUUAUAGUAGCACCUCUACAGCUUUAGAACAGGCUACUUCCUUCUCCAUUUUUAAGAAUCUCAAGAAUGCCUUCAAUGGCUUUUGGUUUCUCUGUAAUCCUAAUAUUCUAUAAGCGUUUUAUAAUCUGAUUUUACAAGCUCUGUUCUAUAUGUGUCUUGUUUUUUUGGGGUUUUAUUCCGUUUUUACCUUACUUCACUGUAUAUUUUUAUUUUCUGUAUUGUGACACCUGCAGUACUUUUGUCAACUUAGGUUGUUAAAAUGUGGGACUUUAAUAAACUUGAUUUGAUAUCGAAAUACAAAAUCA